AUGAGGAAUCUCAUGCUACUCACCGCUUGGUUGGCACUUCACGCCACCAUCUCGUUUUUCUUGUUGCAUCCUUCGAUGCUUACUGCUAUUAUUGGUUUCGUGUGUCUCCAUUAUGGUGAUAUGGUUGUGAGCGCGGCCUCCGAAAGAACCGCAUUACACCGUCCUCAGCUCAGCUCUAGGCAGGAACACGAUCAUACUGGAUUGACAGGUAUGACCGACCAGGAGCGGGCAUGCUUGACGCGAGCGCGAAUAAUUGCCAAGAUCCAGAUUCCGUUCCUGCAUGUAUCGCAUCCUGGGCAGGAGACGCAUGUUUCACCGGAGAUCACAGCGCAACUGCUAGAACUUUGGGACUUGGAGAAAGACAACGGCACUUCCUUCAAGGACUUUUUGAAACGUGCCAGAAACUUUCUACAGGCAAGCAGCUCGCAAGCCCUACCCUCCCACGCGUCGCUCCCAAGGCAGUCACACUCACGCGAAACGGAAAAGAUGGCACGCGUCACCCCGGAUGCUGAAUGGAUGGAUUGGUCAACGAAAGAACCGAGUAAAGCCUGGUCGCGUCAACCGCCCCCUUUUAUUUCUGAACGGCUUUAUCAUGAAAAAGUAACUCCCUGCUCGGCAGGACAUCGGCUCACAAUCGAAACCAGUGCAGGUAUGACUACUCAUGUAACGCCCUGGAGUGGAGGAAGCAGUGAGCACUUCCAUUUUGUCCGAAAAAAAAGAAGCAGCCGAAAGAGCCUUACUUCCUUCGCCGACCCUCCAGUGCUGCGGAGGGCAUUACCCACAUCUAUGACUAUGUCAAAAGCAACUUGGGCCACAAGGUGGGGUCUAACGACAUCCAUAACCUUUACAACCAGCACAACGAGGAUGAGGCGCUGUAUGCAGCCAACACCGAAGCAUAAACGGCCAGUCGCUGAAACAGAGAGGUUCGAGUGA